CAUAGGCCAGGUUGUGUCUGUGUUACUAACUAGUACUACUGUUAGACUAAGUGUGUAUCACUUCCUCCUGCCUAUUUCACUACACAGCUGCAGGCUAGGCUCUGGUCUUCCGUCUCAGAUCAGAUAGGCACCAUGCAUGCAGUGGUUGGAAAGGCUGGCCUCCUGAGCUACUACCUGCUCCUCCUGGUCCACCUGUGUGUCAUCUGCCUCAGUGCCUACCGCAACGUCAUCAACUUCCAGAUCACCUGGUGUAAAGCCCACGACAGCCUGCCAACCAUCUGUACAAACUUCAACAACACUCAGCUUGGACCUCCCUUCUUAGUGCCAAAGCUGAAGGUCAGCAUAUCUGUGGUUAACACAGUCAUCCUUCUCGUGCUGAUCGCAACACAGGGCAGGUUUCUGGGCUUCAAGAAGUCAUUCUUGAGAUGCGCAUCUAAGAAAUGGUUCUUGAGUUUUCUAACAUCGUUCCUUGUCGCUUUUGCAUGGGAUGUGAUGAACAUUUCAAUUGGCUUUUCUCAAAAAAGUGCCAAUCCUAUUGCCGAAUCAGCCCUUGGCUGGAUGUUCAAAGAUGUGACCGAUGCAGUCCUGGUCAUUUCUCUCACUCACCACAUCCCACCCAGCAAAGGGGACAAGAUGUUCUACAUAUACUUCUUGAGUCUGGCAUUGUAUGCUCUCAACUACCUGAUUCAGUUUGCCUACUGCUCAGUUCUGGCUGUGUUCAAACUGAGCGUCCUAGCCACAAAUGUGUCCUCAAACUACAGCGAACUGCUGUCAGCUGUGGACAUCUUGCUUGUGAUAGGCACGUCGGGUUACAACAAGAUGUUAUGGGAUUUCUUCUCUACUAAACUGUACAAACCCAACAAGGACAUAGUGUCCAAAGUCUACUAUCCUCUCAUUGUUGUACCCAAUGAGACCUGUACUGAUUUAGAUGUAAAUGAUAAGGAGACAGGACAUCAGUCCUAAAACUUCAUAAAAAUAUGAAUACUAAGUUAGUAUACAGCUUGCAUGUCUUCUGACUAAUAUCACAAUGCAGAACUUAGUAUGAGCCAUGUUUUCUGGUGAAAGAUAAAUAAAUGUUCUUAGAACUCGGUGUACAUUCAUGUAUUUGCAAUGCUGAAAUAUCUUAGUUAUAGAGUGGUUAAAAGGCAUUUCAUUAGCUAUAGACCAUGGUCAUGCUAUAGGGCAUAGGCAUCUAUG